AGCCUGAGACCUAACGAGCUGCUCGCCGCGCGCGCUCCAGGGCAUUUUUUUUUUUUUUUUAACGGCGGAGCCCCCUGCCGGGUCCAACUGCCCUCUCCCGCGCAGUGCAAGCCUCUCCCGUCGCUCUGGUCCCGUCCCUCGCGGUGCAGCCCCGGCCGAAGCGGCGAUGCGCCUCAUUCAGAACAUGUGCACCAUCGCCGAGUACCCCGCCCCGGGCAGCGCAGCCGCCGCCGAUUGCUGCCUGGGGGCGGCGGGCCGUCGCCUGGUCAAGAUCGCCGUGGUGGGGGCCAGCGGUGUGGGUAAGACCGCUCUGGUGGUCCGGUUCCUCACCAAACGAUUCAUCGGUGACUACGAAAGGAAUGCAGGUAAUCUCUAUACAAGACAAGUCCAAAUAGAGGGUGAAACCUUGGCUAUUCAGGUUCAAGACACUCCAGGUAUUCAGGUCCACGAGAACGGCCUGAGCUGCACCGAACAGCUGAAUAGGUGCAUCCGCUGGGCCGACGCCGUGGUGAUUGUCUUCUCCAUCACCGACUACAAGAGCUAUGAACUCACCAGCCAGCUCCACCAGCACGUGCAGCAGCUGCACCUGGGCACCCGGCUCCCCGUGGUGGUUGUGGCCAACAAAGCUGACCUGCUGCACAUCAAGCAGGUGGACCCUCAGCUCGGACUGCAGCUGGCCAGCAUGCUGGGCUGCUCCUUCUAUGAAGUGUCCGUCAGUGAGAACGACAACGACGUCUACAAUGCUUUCCACGUCCUGUGCAAAGAAGUGAGUCACAAACAGCAGCCCAGCAGCACGCCGGAGAAGCGACGGACCUCCCUCAUCCCCAGGCCCAAGUCCCCCAACAUGCAGGACCUCAAGAGGAGGUUCAAGCAAGCCCUCUCUGCCAAAGUCAGGACCGUCACCUCCGUCUGAGGCAGGGGCGCUUAAGGGGGUUUGGUUUUCCCAGGAAGAGGCCUGAGGUUCUUCCAGAGCGGGAACAUUGGAUGCUGGCAGUUAUUCAUGGUUCCAGAAAGGGCUGAAGCGGAGAAGCUAGGAGAGCCAGGAGGGCCAAUGGAACUGCUGCAGGAGAGGAAGCGUUGUCUUGAGCAGGGGGACAGAAUUGAAGGGCUUGAACGAGCCCACUGAGCCAGCCCCUGAAUAUGUGACAUGUCUUCCACAUCUUUCCUUUGCAGUGGGGAGGGGGCACGAUGGCUUCAGAUUUUGUUAACUACCUUGUAAAUGAUGGUCAGUUGUAGAUUCACCAGAUAUAUUGAUGUGAUUUACAAUGGGAAUGAAAGAACAGUUAAGCAUUCACAGGCUUUCUUCUUUUUUUUUUUUUUUUUUCUUCUUUUUUUUUCCUUCCUCUCUCAAGUGGAAGAAUUGCUUUUCUCAUCCAAGUAUGAUGUGUGUGUCUGGAAUACUUUUCCUUACAGAAUGCCUUUCUAACCUGAAGGAUACCUAGAUUUCUUUGUUAAAGAAUAAGGAGGAAGAUACUACCCUAACCCCUAAAAAGGGUAGAGUUUAUGGGCCAAAUGUUAUAUAUACAGACAUGUGUAAGCUUAUGGGCCUGCAGGAAGGUGCCGUUUCCUCUCGUCCCGGGAUGAGUCUCGGAGUGGGGGAUGUGUUGAGUGGUUGAGAAUUCAAACUCUUCAGCCUCAGACUUUGAGUAAUUGUGAGACUGUAUAGUUUUCUUUUAACUGUUGUAUCAGGUAUAGAAAAACAAAAUGUGUCCAUUGAUUUUGGUGUGAUUUGUGUAAAUAGCUCCCAGCAAUGACAUUGGGUUGUUUCUCCACUUGGCCGAGUUGUAGCUUACAGACGGAAACACUAUCUUACAGCGAGUGAACAGAUGUGGGGGCAACCGCCAAAUCCCCUACACGGAUGCACUUUAAAAAGCCACUCAUGCUUUGGCUUUAACUGUAAUUAAUUUAUUUUAUGUACAAUAAAUCUCAUUUGAAAA